AUGGGUGGCCCGUGUUGGGACGGGGACCUGCAACGUUGGCGCAAAACAUUUGCAGUCGACGACAGCGGCAAAUUUCUCAUCAAUGACGAAACAGAUUUCGAACACGUGAAUCAUCUAGCAGAUUGGCGGCAAGAACUUGAUGCUGCUCUGGAUUUUAUCGGCCAAUUUGCGCUCGCCGCUAGCAAGUUGUAUUGCGAUGUGUAUCCCAAAUCCAAUGACUCGGGCACGCUGAGCCACAAAGAGGUGACAAUGUCAGGUUUCUGGCUGAGUGGGGACAAUCGAGACAGAGCGAUGGCUGCGCAACCCAAGUUUGACGACAGCACGUGUUUCGACGGCGAGAGUCUCACGACGACGUGGGGAGAAGGUGUGGGAGCAGUGUACCAUGUCAACUUGUUGAAGGUUUGCAGAGCCUCAGACCUUGCUAUCUUUGUCUUGAAUUCUGAAACCGCCGGAAACAAAUACACACCUCCCCACCCGGUGCACUCCAUCGACCCUGGAUCGUUGGAAUCCCUAUCGCCCGAGAACAGUUGGGGUUGCGUGAGACUCUGA